AUGGGAUGUGUUCGAGCUCUGAUCCGUCUUUGGGCAUGCUGCAAAAAGGAUAACAAGGGGCUGGCGGAGGUUUGCAACGCCAAUAAGGACACGGUAUGCGUAGACUGUCUGCAGUGCCCUGACAAUCACUUCUCCAUCUGUGAGACAUUCAUCAACACCUGCAAGCAGUGCUCCAUCUGCGACAAUGGCUUCUUUGCUGACCCCUUCAGGCCCUGUGGCAAGGGGAGCCAAAGGUACGAUGACACCUACUGCAUCCCCUGCAAGUCUAGCUGCCUGCCCACGGAAUAUAUUGCGUCUCCCUGCAACCCUUAUCAGGACCUCGUAUGCAAGUCGUGCUCUGCCUGCGGUCCAAACCAGUACCUUGCCUCCCCUUGCAGCCAGUACAACAACACGCUGUGCAAGGACUGUGCUGCCUGUCCCGCCAACCACUACCGCGUCUCAGAAUGCUCGGACACUCAGAAUGUCAGGUGCAACCCCUGCUCUGCCUCCUGCCCCUUUGGCUAUCAGAAGGUGGCCGACUGCACUUUCACACAGGACAUCCAGUGCCAGAUGUACGACCUUGGGACUUGCCCUCAGAACUACACCUCGGCAGUGCAGGGGGUCUUUACCGUAGAGACCUGCGUGUUGUGUGCGGACUACGCCUAUGAGGCAAGCCCCGGGGUGUGUCUUGGAUGCGACAAUGGCAAGUACCUCGAUCUCACCACGAGAGAGUGCAUCGAUUGCCCUCUGAACUCCUACGCUCCGCCCUACAGCAACAGCGUCUUCCAAUGCCAGUGCCUCAAAGGCCACACGGGCUACAACAGCAGCGCCUGCUCAGUCUGCCCCAUCAAUUACUACAGAUCCGGCUCCGAACCCGGCUUCUGCUACCCCUGCCCUUCAGGGAGGGUCUCCAAGUACGCGGCAGAGGGCAUUUCUCAAUGCCUUUGCUCUAACAACACCAUCGAGACCAACGGGAAGUGUGAGAACUGUGCCAUAGGCAAGUAUGCCACCAGCGACAACACCUGCCAGGCUUGCCCUACCAACUAUGGAUACUACCCGACAAGGGUGGGGUGCGGCUGCCCUGCCAACUACUACGGCUUCACGGACCCCAUCCAUGUCUUUGGAGAGGGCAGCUGCUCCAGCGUGCUCUACCGCGGCUACACCACCAGUUUCACGCUAUCCGGCGCCUCCUGCACCGUGUGGCUCAAUGCGUUUGCCAGCGUGAGGAUCAAGGUUCUCGACAUUGCAGGGGGUGCCAUGAAGGUAAAGUAUGGCACCGACAUCUAUUCCUUCGACGGCAACAUUGACGUCUAUGAGGUCAACUACCAACUAACGGUGAGCAAGGUCCUCAUGUCUUUGAACACCGAGGGCUAUGCAACUGUCAGCGCGGAGAUCGUCUGCAACCGUUGCCCCAACGCCUCCACCUCCUCUCCCGCAACCAUGUUUGUCGAGGGCUGCCAGUGCCAGACCGGCUUCAGCAUCGUCAACGGAAUCUGCCAGAAGAACGGCUGCCCGGCAGGACAGUACCUUCCCAAUUACUACGACCCGACUUGUGUGCAGUGCCCUGAAAACACCUACAAGACGACUGUAUCGUCGCUCUUUAAGGACUGCUUGCCUUGCCCUCUACACUCCUAUGCACAGGCCGGCAGCACCUCCUUUGCCGAUUGCCAAUGCCUCGCCAACUACUACAAGUCGGGCACGAGCUGCCUUGAAUGCCCGGCCAACUCUAUCAGCGCUGUCAACUCCCUCUCUGCAACAAGCUGUCAGUGCAAGCCCGGAUACACCGGACCCAACGGUGGCCCCUGCACCAAGUGCAGCUCCACGCAGUACAAGCCGACCAUCGGACCGGAGGCUUGCACCAGCUGUCGCCCGAACUCUGUCAUUGUAGAGAAUGAGAACGUCAGCAGAAUGUCAGCCGUUAGUGCACGGACUACUUCCAGAGUCUACUAG